UGUGGUAGACACGUUCGGUUUAAGUGUCGUAUAAUGCAGAAUCCGAUAAGAAAGAUAUUUCUGAAGCUCAACGAAACCAAUCCACUGAACGAAUCUCCAUUUCCCGCUAUCAACCAGCACCAGCAGAAGAAGCAGUAACACUAUCCCCUUCUAAUUUCUAACCAACACACUCUCUCUCCAUAGCAUAGCUUAGGGUUUUCACGUUUCUCACAAAAAUGGCCGCUCUCACGUCUCUCCCUCCCCUUCCUCACACUCUCCUCUUUCUCCGCUCAAAACCAACCAGACUUUCCGUUUCCGCUUCCGCUUCAGCGCUCUCCGUAGGUAAUGAUGGAUCUAGUUCUAGAGUACCUCACAAGAGAAGAGGAAGAAUCGAAGGUCCACGGAAAAGUAUGGAAGAUUCUGUUCAACGCAAGAUGGAGCAGUUUUAUGAAGGUUCCGAUGGACCGCCUUUGCGUGUUCUACCUAUUGGUGGUUUAGGUGAAAUUGGAAUGAAUUGUAUGCUUGUAGGGAAUCAUGACCGAUAUAUCCUCAUUGAUGCCGGUAUCAUGUUUCCUGAUUAUGAUGACCUUGGAGUACAAAAGAUUAUACCUGAUACAACUUUUAUAAAAAAAUGGAGCCACAAAAUUGAAGCGGUUAUUAUAACGCAUGGUCAUGAAGAUCAUAUCGGUGCGUUGCCUUGGGUCAUCCCAGCAUUGGAUUCGAAUACACCGAUUUUUGCAUCUUCCUUUACAAUGGAGCUUAUAAAAAAACGUUUGAAGGAGCAUGGUCUUUUUCUUCCAUCUAGACUCAAAAUCUUUAGAACAAAGAACAAGUUUGUUGCCGGUCCAUUUGAAAUAGAACCUAUUAGGGUGACUCAUUCUAUUCCUGACUGUUGUGGACUAGUUCUUCGUUGUUCUGAUGGUACUAUUCUUCACACUGGGGACUGGAAGAUUGACGAGACACCGCUUGAUGGGAAGGUGUUUGAUCGAGAGGCUUUAGAGGAACUCUCUAAAGAAGGAGUAACAUUGAUGAUGAGUGAUUCAACAAAUGUGCUCUCGCCCGGAAGGACAACUAGUGAAUCUGUUGUAGCAGAUGCAUUACUGAGGCAUAUUUCAGCUUCUAAAGGAAGGGUCAUUACAACCCAGUUUGCAUCAAAUCUACAUCGGAUUGGAAGUGUGAAGGCUGCUGCUGAUUUAACUGGCAGAAAGUUGGUAUUUAUUGGUAUGUCUUUAAGGACAUACUUAGAAGCAGCUUGGAAGGAUGGAAAGGCGCCUUUUGAUCCAUCCACUCUGGUGAAAGCAGAGGAUAUUGAUGCUUAUGCACCCAAGGAUCUGCUUAUUGUAACAACCGGCUCUCAAGCAGAGCCACGUGCUGCCUUAAAUCUUGCAUCUUAUGGAAGUAGCCAUUUUUUCAAACUUACCAAGGAAGAUAUUAUUCUGUAUUCAGCUAAGGUUAUCCCUGGUAAUGAGUCUCGUGUGAUGGAAAUGAUGAAUCGCAUAUCAGAGAUUGGAUCAACAAUAGUUAUGGGGAGAAAUGAAUUCUUGCACACAUCUGGUCAUGCAUAUCGUGGAGAAUUGGAGGAAGUACUUAGAAUAGUGAAGCCGCAACAUUUUCUUCCUGUACAUGGAGAAUAUUUGUUCCUGAAGGAGCAUGAAUCACUUGGAAAAUCAACUGGCAUUCGGCAUACUGCUGUUAUAAAGAACGGAGAGAUGCUUGGGGUUUCACACUUGAGAAAUAGAAGGGUUCUUUCCAAUGGUUUCAUUUCCCUUGGAAAAGAGAAUUUACAGUUGAAAUAUAGUGAUGGCGACAAAGCAUUUGGUACAUCUAGUGAACUCUUUAUUGAUGAAAGAAUGAGAAUUGCAUUAGAUGGCAUGAUUGUGAUUAGCAUGGAAAUAUUUCGCCCUAAAAAUUUAGAAAGUUUGGCUGAAAACACCUUGAAAGGGAAGAUAAGGAUUACCACGAGAUGCCUAUGGCUAGACAAAGGGAAGCUGUUAGAUGCACUUUAUAAAGCUGCUCAUGCAGCGCUUUCUAGCUGUCCCGUUAAAAGCCCACUGCCUCACGUGGAAAGAACUGUGUCUGAGAUGUUGAGGAAGAUGGUGAGGAAGUACAGUGGUAAACGGCCCGAAGUAAUUGCCAUUGCCAUAGAAAACUCUGGAGCUGUUUUGGCGGAUGAGAUAAACACAAAAUUGUCUGGCAAGUCCCGUGUUGGUCCUGGAAUAUCAACAUUAAGAAAGGUAGUGGAUGAACGUAGAAAGGAAAACCAAUCCACCACAACACAAAUAAAAGAUGAUGACAAUGAUAUUGAAGGGCUAUUACCUGAGAAAGACACCGCUACAAGUGAAGCUGAGGGUGAUUUACCCGAUUCAGAGGAUACAGAUGAAUUUUGGAAACCAUUUAUUGCAUCAGUUGAGAAAUCAAAUAAGGCUAACAAUGGUUAUGUUCCACUAAAGGAGUAUAAGUCCAAUCUGAAGCAAGAUGAUUCUGAAGACAUUGAUGAAGCCAAGUCUGAAGAAAUCUCUAAUGCUGAGCCAGAGUCAUCAAAAUCAGUAAAGAAAAAUAAAUGGAAAGCUGAGGAAGUUAAAAAGCUGAUUGAUUUGCGGAGUGACCUCCAUGACAGAUUUAAAGUUGUGAAGGGAAGGAUGGCUCUCUGGGAAGAGAUAUCUCAGAGCUUGUUGGCUGAUGGGAUCAGUAGAAGUCCUGCACAAUGCAAAUCUCGGUGGACAUCUUUGGUACUGAAAUAUGAGGAGAUCAAGAAUGGGAAGGAUGGCAAAAAAAAUUGGCUAUAUCUUGAAGACAUGGAAAGGAUAUUGUCUAGUGACAAAGCACCGGCAUCAAAUUGAUUGGAAAUGUGGCGGCUAGAAUAAGAAAUAUUUUGCCGAGCUUUCUGCAUUUCAAAUGAUCAAAGGUCCGAGCUUGGUGACCAAGAAGAUAAUCCAUCAAUUGCAUGGUUCUUGUAACAUGAACCAUUGGCGUUUAAAAUCCACAAUUUUUUGAGGUCUAAGGGCAUAGGCAACAUAAAAGGGAUUUGCUUUGAUACUAACAAAAGCUAAGCUGAUAAGGAAAAAAUAUUAUGGGUUUAGGGGGGACAAUUUAUUCCCCACUUCCAAUACUCGCCCUCCUUUUUGGUUUCUUUUGUCUAUUGUGUAUUUCAUUACUCGUAAUCAAUUUUAUUACUGUUGGUGGUGGCAUGUUUUGGGUUCUGGCCACAGACAACAUAACAUUGGUAGUGAAAGUAGAAUCUUGAUGUAACUUGCUGGUGAUGAUAGUCUUAUUGCUUGUUCAUAUA